AUGUCAAGCACGUCACACUCCUUCGGGGCAGGCAGCCUCCGCUUCCUGUUAUCAUGGGUAGUCCUCCAAGCAGCCCUCGUUGGCGCAUCCCCAACACCAGUCGCGAGAUCGGACACUCUUCCCUAUCCUGACGAUGAACCGCUCGCCAAGCGAGUCGUGGGCCAGUUCCCCAACUUUGCCAAUGAAUACUAUGGCCGUGUUCAAAAAGGUGUCUACCUUCGUACGCUUAUGCCGCUGAGCGACACGGCUGCGACCCGCCAUAAUCGCGGGGUCAGCGUCGCGAGCCCGUGGCAGAAUCAGGCCGCCGUCGAGCAAUGGGGAUGGACGCGCGAAAUCAACUGGGCGCCGUUCAACACCAACGGCGGCGAUGAGUUCAGUGACGAUGACGACUUUGACCAGUUCGAGACCUCGCCUGGUUUCGGGAACCUCAUGGACGAUGUCUUUGCGGACCCGAGUCACCCAGUAAACCCGAUGGAAAACGGGUUAUCCACAUUCCUGCAUGCAAAUGACUUUACACUCCGGGAUGGAUCGUGGGGAGAGCCAUCGCAAGCCUCUUAUCAAAACGUCUUCAAUCCGCGCUCGGGUGCAAUUAUCUUUGACAGAGACUUCAGCCCCCGACAUGUAAUAGCCGAAAACGGCGCCGGCGACGUCCCAGAACUUGAACAGCUCUCCGACCUCGCAUACUUCCAAUGGCUCGAUGCCUGCGCAGCAAAGCGCGUUCGUCCUACCAACAUCAACCUCAUCUUCCAGUCUCACAUCACCUACGUCCCCAGCUUUAGGCUCAUCUUACAGGCUCUGUAUGACGGCGGGUACCGGAGUGUGCCAGGUUGGGGCCAGAGGGCGACGUUCUCUAUGGAUUCCCGGCCGGGACAAGCCAUCCUCGGGAGCACGCACGGGGCGGCCCCGGCCUUGUUUCUCAUUCAGCACAAAGCGACAUUUGGUCAGAAGGUGAUCACGGAGGUGACGGUGUGGGGAGGCGCGAGUGGCUUUAGUUUUAAAGCGGACCCGGAAGCUGAGACUCUUAACUUGAGAUUCGCCGUUAGGGACGCCUAA